AUGGCUUCUCUUUGGAGCUCGCUGGAAAAAGACCUCUUCAAUCCACAGAAGAAGAGGCUGCUGGAAAGUGUUCGUGUCUGGAAGGCAGGGAAGAAGAAGAUGUCCAUCCUCUGCCUCGUGGUGGACACCUCCAGGCCAACGAAGCCCUUUCUGGUGAAGGUCAAGGCAGACCGAGGAGAGCAGCACAAGGUGACUGACAGGUGGCCUUUAGCAGAGCUGAAGCUGGUGGAUGGCAAGACUCUCAGCCAGGCCAGCCUGGAUUUUGAUCUGCAGCUCGAGAAGGUUUACAAGUGGACAGCUGGCAGCUUUGAUGAGAAGAAAGCCUUCAUCAGGUGCUUGUGGAAGCUGAACCACCGGUUCCUUGCCAGCUCUGUCACCUUUGUCAACGUCCCCUCCUAUGCAGCAGAAGGGAGACAAAGGCCCCAAGAAGACAGGAAAGACAUGUCAGGGCCAGAGAGCCCUGAGGAGCUCAGCAGGUACCAGGAGAUGACACCAAAGGAAGCUGCUGACCUGUUGAAGCUGAUGGAGGAGUAUGAGCCCCUCGUCAGCAACGCUGUGGCCUUCACAGAGCAGCUGAGCAAUGAUCUCCAGGUGCUGGAUGAGGCCAACCUCAGAGCCAUUAUCUCCUCUGAGAAGCAGGUGACACAGCUGAUGAACUCUAUUGAUGAGGCCCUGGCAGAGGUGGCCACAGUGGAGGAGACCUUGCAGACCUAUGAUGAGUCACUGGGAAGUGUGAAGCAGCAGAUGGACCACAUCCACCAGGAGAACUCCCUGCUACAGCGCAUCGUCUCCAACAGGACAAGGCUGUCAGAGGAGCUCCUCUUCCUCACGACCAGCCUCAGUCUCAGCAGGGAACACUGUGAUGUCCUGAGCCGGGCAGACCUUUCCAGCCCCGGUGGAGUAGAAGCCUGCAGUGCUGCAGCAGCAGCUUUGUCCAGCUGCAUGGACACCCAGGUCCAGCCCGGCUACAGGAAAAUGCAGUCUGUGGCUGAGCAGCUGAUCAUGUUUGAAAACCUCAAGCAGAACUUUGGAAACUCUUUCAUCAGUCACAUCACGAGCAUCUUUGAGCUGCAGGGUAAUGCUCAGGUGCCUGCCCUCGACCAGUCCAAGCUCUCUGCACCCAGCCAUGAGCUCCACCAUGAAGAACUGGUGCCCUUCAUCCCACUCAUGUCCUGGCUGAGGAACACCAGCCCAGUUCUGUUUGAUGAUCUGCCCAAGGUCUAUGCCCAGAACCUCAGCAGACUCUACAACCGAGAGAUCAAAGCCUUCUUUGAACAAGCCAAAACCUUCUUGCUGGGAAGAAGAAAAGGAAGUCUCCAGGAAAGCCUGAGGAAGCCCAUGGGGAGCAGGCAGCAGCCUCGACGGAGUCUCCCUGGGGGCAGAGAAGGCCAGGAGGACACACUGGACAAAGGCCAUGUCAUCAAGAUGUUGGAGCAGGUGCUGGGAGAGCUGCAACCCCUGUGCACCUCAGAGCAGAAGUUCAUCCAGAGGUUCUUCCAGCUGCACCAGGAUGCUGCAGACCUGCGGGCGCUGGAGGUGUCUGCCCCUAAGGGAGGAGAGAACCUGGUGCCUCCAGAGGACCCUCCUUGUGGCAAGGCUCGGAGCCAACUGGAAGAAGCCACAACCCAGCUGCUGAGCGAGAUCUUCAGCUGCCUGGAACCAGAGCUGAGAGGAUUUCUAGAUGUCUGCAAUAAGGUCCACCCACUGGGCUGCUUGGAGGUCCUGGUUGCCUUGAGUGACUCCAUCUUUGAUAUGUGGGGCUCUUCCUCAGCUCUCCCCUCAUCCUUCCUCAGUACUGUCCUGGGCAACGUGCUGCUCAUGGCCAAGAGCAGCUUCAACAAAUAUGUUGAGACCUUGUGCAAAGAGAUUGAGGAGGUGAAGAUGCCCAGCAAGAUGAGAGGUGGGAUCCUGCCCUCCGUGAGCCGCUUCCAGGAGUUUGUCACCUUCUCAGAGCAGCUGGUCAGGACAGCUCAGCGCAGGGGGGAGCUGGACAAAGCCCACCUCAGGCUGGCCAGCAGUGUCUUCAGCAGCAUCAACAGUCUGUCUUCUGCAAACCUGAAGGUGAACACAGAUAUGGUCAUGAUGGAGAAUUUCCACCACAUUCAUUGCUUCCUGUGCCAAAAGGAGAUUCACUGCCUGGAUGGCAAGAAGAGAGAAGCCAAGCAAAGGUACAGUGAGCACAUGGAGAAAUAUGUCAUCAAGUACCUGGGCCAGCCCCUGGAGAAGCUCCAUCACUUCUUUGAGGGGGUGAAAGCCCGGCUGGCUCAAGGGGUGAGAGAGGAGGACAUCAGCUUCCAGCUGGCCUACAGCAAGCAGGAGCUGAGGAAGGUCAUAGAGAAAUACCCUGGCAAGGAAGUAAGAAGAGCCCUCGAGACCCUCUACAGGAAAAUCCACAAGUACCUCUCCCCAGAGGAAAACCUUUUGCCGGUGGUCUGGCACGCUGUGGAGCAGGAGUUCAUACAGCAGUACCAGGAGUUUGAGGCUCUGAUCCAGCGCUGUUACGCAGGGGCAGGGAUUGCCCUAGACUUCACCAUGGAGGACCUGCUGAGCUACUUCAACUCCAUCACUCUGUCCAACAUGUAG